GCAAAACAAAACAGCAAAGAGAUCUAGUUGCCUGUGACUGUAAAGGAGAAAUCCAUGGCUAUUUUUUCAUUUUUAAGCCCAUUUUUUCUUGCUGUUAUAUGUGUGUUAAUAGUUAUUAUUUUGCAAAGUAUAAAAAAAAAUGAUGGAGAAAAGAAAAAUGCUGAAAUGACGACCAAAGCAAAUUCUCGUCCAUGGGUGGAUGAAGAUCUGCAAGAUGGCACGGAGCUCCAAGAAGAGGAAAGUGAAGGGAAAGAUUCAUGGCAAGAUAUGGAUGAAGAAAAUUUACUACAUGUUCCUUUUAGCCCAAGACGUUAUUCGGAACAGGAAAUGUUGAGAAGAUCAAAGGAAUUUUAUGAAUUGCUCAACCAGAGGAGAUCCGUGAGAUUUAUCAGUGAUGAAGCCGUUCCGAGAGAAGUGAUCAACAACAUCAUCUCAGCAGCAGGGACAUCUCCUAGUGGAGCUCAUACUGAGCCAUGGACAUUUGUGGUUGUAGAAGACCCAGAAGUGAAGCAUAAGAUUAGAGAAAUUAUUGAAGAAGAGGAAGAAAUAAACUACCGAAAAAGAAUGGGGGACAAAUGGGUGAAUGAUCUGAAAAAAUUAAAAACCAACUGGGUAAAGGAAUAUUUAGACACUGCGCCUUACAUAAUCUUGAUCUUCAAACAAGUUUAUGGGAUUCUCUCAGACAACAGAAAAAAGACACAUUAUUAUAAUGAGAUCAGCGUGUCAAUAGCAUGUGGCAUUCUCCUGGCCGCCAUUCAGAAUGCAGGUCUGGUUACAGUAACCACUACUCCUCUCAACUGUGGUCCUCGGCUCAGAUUGCUGCUUGAACGCCCUGUGAAUGAAAAAUUACUCAUGUUGCUUCCUGUCGGUUACCCAAGCAAAGACGCCACUGUACCAGACUUAAAAAGGAAGCCACUGGACGACAUCAUGGUGAUGGUUUGAAAACUCCAUAUAUAUCUAUCAUGUCCAUUCAGUCAACAUUCCACAAAAGCCGUGCCUUAUGCAGUUAACAUUAUUUGCUUUUGUAUUUGAGUAGUUGAUAUACAAUAUAAUAUUAGAUUUUGUUAAUAUUAUGUAUACAAUAGAAACUAUAGUAAAGGUUAAAGGUUUAUAUUCAUCUACCCAGUGGAUGUCUGGUUUAGACAACCUAGUCUUGAUACAGUUUACAACUUAAAGGGGUUAUCCAGGAAAAAAUGUUUUUAUAUAUAUCAACUGGCUCCAGAAAG